UUCAAUGCUCUACAAAAAUUAGUCGUGCUUCAAAAAGCGGUAGAUCGCUCCAAUAACUUUUCAAAACUGCUGAACGAUCUGAGGAAUGAUGACAAAGGGUUUCCUUCAAAGAUUCAAAUUGCUGCCGGAUACUAUGUUUCAGUGCUCUCGGAAGUGGAUACGGACGCGUUGUCAGAUGCCCACCGCACAAUGUUUCAAGAUCAUCACAGAGGAAUGCACGGAGUCGCCUUAUAGUGCGCUUUUGCUAUGUGGGAAUUUUGGUGUUGCGUUCUUCUAUUUUGCAAGCCAGUUAGUUGUUAUGUUACAGUUCGUUUGGUCGCAAAUAGCUCUAAUGGGCUCCCUUUAUAAUGAGGAGUCGGAGAGCGCUGAUAGAGCAAGAGAAUUCUGCUGUAUCCGAACAUUCGCAUUUUCAUGAAA